CCUCUAGAACUCUCCCCCCUAUUAAUGCAAUUCUAGGAAUCUUUUCGACGGCGUCAAGGGUUUUCCUUGGACACUCCGACUUGGCGUCGGUCACUUCCAUGUAUGGAAAGCACCAUUUCAUUGUUCGAUGAGCGCCAGGUCCAAUUGACGUGAUGAGUCGAUCCACUCUGGAAUGCCCGAAAUCGAACUUUACCACGAGGAGCAGCUCGGGGGUUUUCAUUCGGCGGGCCGACGCGAGUCUAAUUCUCGGACCGUGAACAAUGGGAAGGCGGGUUAUUUGGUGGCGCUGCAUAUGGCAUCCAAUGCGAGCCCUAGCAACUAUACGGCGUACAACAGGGUCGGAGGUAUAUAAAGUCCCGUUCAUAGAUUAAUUGAUUUCGAAUUAUGCCUUCAGCCGCUAGAACCUGUUUUUCUGUCGUUUCUGUCGUUUAUUCAUUCCCUUAAUAUUCCUAAUCAUGCGAAACAUCCUCUCGCUUCUUGUCGCCGCCAACGCGGUGUGCGCCUGGCCGUUCCAACGGCGUGCGGUCUUGGGCCAUGACCAGAUCGUGGGAUUCCCACAGACUGUGCCGUCAGGGACCGCUGGAGAGCUGUACCUAAAAUUCCAACCGUGGUUGGAAGUCUAUUCUGGAUGCGUACCGUUCGCAGCUGUUGACGCGGACGGGAAUACAAGCGGCGGUCUGGCCAAGACCGGAAAACCUAACGAACGCUGCGGCAACAAUAUCGGCCAGGUCUACGCACGCAUUGGCACGCACAACGGCCAAAGCGGCAUCAUGUACUCCUGGUACAUGCCAAAGGACUCGCCUUCCAGCGGCUUCGGGCACCGCCACGAAUGGGAGAACGUCGUCGUCUGGCUGUCAGAGGCCUCGAUGUCCGCAACCGCGACAGGGAUGUCGGUGUCCCAGCAUGGCGGGUAUCAGAAGAGCGAAGACUUCUUCUCCAGCGGAUCGAGGCCGCUGGUCGGCUAUCUCAGCAUCUGGCCGAUCAACCACCAGAUGAUCUUCACACCGGAGAAGGGAGGGGAGCAGCCGUUGAUCGCUUGGGAGAGCUUGCCUGGAGCAGCAAGGUCGGCGUUGGAAAAUACGAAUUUCGGGGAUGCGACGGUCCCGUUUAAGGAGUCGACAUUUGCGGGGAAUUUGGAGAAGGCGGCAUUAUGAGCCCAAUGUAAUGAUAUACUCGGGGAAGUUGGACGAAUGGAUCGAAGGCGAAUAGAUAUACCGAGU